UGUACUUCCUCUUUAAUUCCGGGUUCGCGGGAAAGAUGGCGGAUAGUGAUUAUGAGUCUGUGUUGUGUGUACGACCUGAAGUGCAUGUUUACCGUAUUCCACCCAGGGCGUCUAAUCGGGGAUACAGGGCUGCUGACUGGAAACUGGACCAGCCAGCAUGGACUGGCAGACUUCGAAUUACUGCUAAGGGGAAAGUGGCGUAUAUCAAACUAGAGGACAAAAACACUGGAGAAUUGUUUGCUCAGGCACCUGUGGAGCAACAUCCUGGGAUCGCAGUAGAGGCAGUAACUGAUUCUAGUCGAUAUUUUGUCAUUCGGAUUGAGGACGGAAAUGGUCGACAUGCAUUUAUUGGAAUUGGAUUUGUGGAUCGGGGAGAUUCAUUCGAUUUCAACUUAGCACUUCAGGAGCACUUUAAAUGGGUUAAAAAAGAAAGUGAAAUUGCCAGUCAGCCAUUAGACACUGGGCCAAAACUGGAUCUUGGCUUCAAGGAGGGUCAGACUAUCAAAAUAAACAUUGGGAAUAUAAAGAAGAAGGACAAUGCAGCAGGAGCAGCAAAACCACGGCCACCAAGCACUGGAGGAAUCAGUCUCCUCCCUCCUCCUCCUUCAGGUGGAAAACUCACCAAUACACAAAUGUCACAGGACCAAGCAGUUCCACAGCCCAUGUCUGCUUCUGCUCCUAGUGCUCUUUUACAUGGAGGCAGUACUACAAAUUCAUCUCAUCCUGUUACUGCAGCAACAGAUGUUUGGGGGGAUUUUACAACAGCUUCUAGCUCUGCUCCUAACCCAGGUCAGCAAAGCACUGGCUGGAUCCAGUUCUAAAGCAAAUGACUCUUUCCUCUCUGUAUGAGUUCUGAACCUCAAGCUUCAAAAUAAUUCUUUCAUAUGGACCAAAGAUGAGAAGAGCUUCUCAAAAAUGUGGGGCUAGAUCAUCAGAACAUCACUACUGUUCCAGAAAAAGAAAAUCCAAAAUAUUAAGUUGUUAGCAUAUAUUUCCUGGUUAACUUUUGAAUUUGUUUUUAAAUAAUAUGUAAAUUGUUAAAGCAUAUCUAAUGAUUGGCAAACACAGGAAGAUUGGCGUAUGAGAAGUUUACAUUGUGCAUAUAAACUGUGAAGGGAACUUGGAACAUCUGAUCCUUACCUGUGCGUUUCCUCAGUCUUCGUCUGUUUAGUAAUGUACUGUAUGAGAGAGGAACUUAAACAGGCUGCAAGAAGACUGUUGACAUAUAGGCCCUGUAGUGAACUGUAUUUUCAUUUAGGUUUAUGUAGACUAUAUCAUUUAAUUGCUGGUGGUAUAAUCUUGAUAGCAAUUAAUAUGCAUAACAAGACAGUACUUUUACCAUGCUGGCUUCUGUAGUGGCACUUGCCUUAGCAGGUCCGAAGCAGUGCUGUUCAACUUCUGAUAAGGCUGAAGCUUUUAAUUGUUACAUUACUUGCCACAUUUUUUUUUAUUUGCAAUGAAGGAGUUAUUUUUUUGUUUUAUUAAGAAGUGAUUGCAUGACUCAGGCGAUUAUUUGUCCCAUGACUUUAAGGUUGUUAAGAUUCUUUCAGUAACCCGAAUGCUGUAAAAUUCGUUACUCAUCAAUAGGUCUGUGGGGUGCUAUGUUUUUAUGGCUCUAAUACCAAAAAAAGUGGGAUUUAUCAGCAUUUUCUUCAUUAACUAAACUGCCAAUGCUGAGUAAUAUUGGAAACCACACCGAGUAAGCUUCAGUGAAAAGUACAUUAAAAACCUGUUCCUGUAAGCAAAUCUAAUGUGUGAAAGAUAAUAUGAGUAUUAAAUAUGUCCAGCCAGUAAAAAGGUAUUGUGCUGACCUGUUUCUAAAUACCUGGGUCUGCAUUUAAUUGCUGUGUAUCUGGUGGGUUAAAGGCUUUUACUUAACUAAAGAUUUUUUUAAUGAAAAUCAACUUCUUAUUACCUUGAUUUUAUAAUGCUAAUAAUAUAAUUAUGAUAUUUUUCAUUUGAAUAAUGUGAAUAGGUUUGAAUUAAAUUUUAUGUACAAAA